UUCAUGUGUCGAGAGAUGGACUGCAGUGAAUGCAUUUUGCUGAUCAUUUCUUUUUGCUGUGCUGGGGGCACAAGCUCUGAGUCAGAAAAAACAGUCUAUGGAAGCCUGGGGGGCCCAACGCUGUUGAGCAUAACACCCGAAUUUCAGAAUUUUACUGUGCAAUUUAGCAACGCUCUAUGGAAACUAGAUACGUCCGUUGGAACCAGCAGGAAACUUAUCAUCAGCUAUUCUGGAAACAAUCAUACCAAUCACAUGAAGGAGCAGAUCAAGUUUCAUCCUGAGAACUUCUCCUUGGAAAUACUGGACACCAAGAGAACGGAUGCAGGGCGCUAUGAAUACAUGGUGAACAAAGGCUCUGAGGAAGAGUUUUUGCGUCUCCGGUUGGAAGUGUAUGAGCGGGUGUCCGUCCCCGACAUCCAGAUGGUCAGCAAGACCUUGGAGAACGAGAGCUGCACCAUGAACCUGAGCUGCACGGUGAAGAGCGGGGACAAGGUGACCUACAGCUGGAACUGCAGCGAGGGCACCACCUCCCAGCUGCACUUCAACAAUGUCAGCUUCCUGCAUUUCUCCUUCACCCCGGGGGAGGGCAGCUUCUCUUGCAUGUGCAUCGCCACGAACACAGUCAGCCAGCAAGCCACCAAGUUCAGCUCCUCGGUGGAGUGCAGCAACAAGCCAGGCGGCUCGCUCAGGAAUGAACUUGUGGAAUCCAUCGUGCCAAUAGCCAUUGUGGGGGUCCUGGUCUUCGGUGCAGGGGUCACUUACUGGGUGAGACACAGAGGCCAACAAGAUCAUUCUCAGCUGAAGGAGGAAAAGGAAAGUUGCACAAUUUACUCACAAGUCCAGAGAGUGGAGCAGCAGAAAGGCUCUCACCCCCCUCCCGUGGUGAAGUGCUCUGAAUGCACCACCAUCUACGCCUCCGCCACCGGGCUACCUCCAGACCCGGCUCAGCCCCAAGAUCCAGGGCUGACGACCAUUUAUGACAGUGUGAUGCCCGCCGGUGUAAUGUCAGCUUCAUCAGAGAGAAUUUCUCCCAAGACCCUCACAGUCACAGGUGGUCUGUAGCCGCUCCGGAGACACCGACGGACUUUUACCCUGCACGCAGCAGAAACCCAUCUCUCCAGCUGGCCGAACUUUUACCACGUCCACGCGAAAUCCCACUUGGCUCCACAGAAAUGGGAUAAAACUCCACCGUGCAAUAGCGGUUGGCAUAACGUGUCUCAUCCAAAUCGAGACCCGCGCCUGUAAACGAGAGUCACAGAGUUUGUAACAGCAGAGCAGCGGGGAAGCAUCUAAGUGAGGGGAGACACCCAGGAGGGACUUUGCCAUUGACUUUAUGUGAGAGGAGCCCAAAGACAACCAUGAUCGGCGACCAUAUAAAACCCAAGGCUGGACAGAUAGAGAGACAAGCACAGGAAAAAGAGGGAGGAUCGCAGGUGAGACUGGCUAGGUGAGGAGACCGAGGGAGAUACAGAAAGGCUGCUCCCGGUGACCGGAGCUGCAUAGGAGAAGGUUCUCUCACCACCGCCAGCCAGAUGGUGCAAUGGCUCCGAAAGGAGGCUGAUGCUGGAGGACUAGAGGGAAGCAGAGACAGUAAAUCUGUCGAUUGCAAGUUCCAUGGAGGGUUUCAAAAAUAAAGCGAACUGGAUCCCAAGG